CUCUGCUGCUAGCCUUUGGAAAUGGAACAAGAAAUGAAAGUAGACAGUGACCUGGACUCGGACCCGAAUUUGGGACAUCCCCUGACACCCUCUGCACCCCCGGGGCGGCUGGAUGACGGCGAGUGGAUCAUCCAGCACAGAGGACCAAAGAUCCUGUCACCACCUCUGGCCCCAGUGGGUGAGUCCGCGGAGCAGAGGAGCAGGUCCCCCGUCAUGCGGCACAGUGUGCCCCCGAUGACAGAGGCAGUGGCCAGGCAAGCCCUCCUGCGCUUCGUGGCCUCGCGAUGCUGCUACGGGAGCAGAGCUGUGGGUGAGCUGGCCAUCCGGCGUCUGCGCCCGCUGGGCACGUACCGAUAUCGACUGGAGACGUUCAGUGAGUCGAGGUUAAGCGAGUGGGUGUUCGAGCCCUUCACCAAGCCUGGAGCAGCUGGACCCUCUGGGGACACCCCCAUGGACCCCUGGGACGUGGACAUUGGGGCUCCCCCACUCUUUCAGGGCCAGACAAGGCGCUGCCGGGUGCCCCACUCGGUGCUGGUCAGGGACUGUCACAGAUGCUGUGGUCAUGGCCGGUCCAAGUGCGGGGUGUGCCAUGGGGCAGGUCGGACGAGGUGUGUAACAUGCAAGGGGUCCCGCCGGAGGCUGAAGCAGCAGAAGAGAUGCCAGCUUUGCUCAGGUACAGGUCGCAAAAGAUGCAAUACCUGUUCUGGCCGGGGCAGCAAGACCUGUGUGACCUGUCAGGGGGAGAAAAAGCUCCAACAUUUCAAGCAGCUGGUGAUAACUUGGAAGAACAAUGUCUUUGAAUUUGUUUCUGAGCAUCAUCUGAACUUCCCAGGAGAAUUGCUCAGCAAAGUCAGUGGAGCAAAUAUAUUUAAAGAUGAAAAUGUGGUGGUAUACCCCAUCAUCGACUUUCCUGAUCCUGAGAUCUCCCUGGCCUCACAGCGAGCCAUCACAGAGCACAGCACAGCGCUGGCCACGUCCUCCCGCAUCCUCCGGCAGCGUCAAACAAUUGAGCUAAUCCCCAUCACAGAAGUUCACUACCAGUAUUCAGGGAAGCCUUACCUCUACUACAUCUAUGGGCUCGAAAACAAGGUGUAUGCGCUGGACUACCCUGAGAGGUGCUGCUGCAGCUGCACCAUCCUCUGAGAGCUGGCAUGUGAGAAAGGCACAAUUGCAGCAGCAAUCGUGGGGACUUGGGGAUGUUCCGGGACCUUUCCCACCACACUGGCUGUGCUUACAGAGGACUGCAAACAAAAUAAAGAAGAAGAAGAAAACCAUUACUCCCCUCCCUCCAAACUGCUUUUAUCUCAGAGCCAGGCCCAGCUCCAGGCUGCUGCUGGGUGCAGGACCUGGCCUUUGGGUAAA